AUGACGAACAAGAAACCAAUAACAUCUGUUCUAACCAAUAAACAAGCUAAUACGAAACUCGUAUCAAAAUUUUCCAAGCAUGCAGUUGCGAACCAACGUAUUCACAUGCAAAGAAUGCAAAAUGUCCUCCUUAUUUGGUUGGACAAUAACAUUGAUGAUGAUGAUAAUGUUGAUCGUAGUAAUACAAUCAAACAAUUGAAACGUGUAGUUAAUAACGUAAGCACGUUUACAGAUGGUCAAGAAUGUUUCGACUUAAUUCAAACCAUCGUCAACAACUAA